AUGGCGUCUAGCGGCGGCUCUACGGAGCCCGGCUGGGAAGUAGCCGUGAGGCCGCUGCUGUCCGCCUCCUACUCGGCGUUUGAUAUGAAGGAGCUGCCGCAGCUCGUAGGCUCCGUCAUAGAGAGCGAGUCUGAGAUUUUGCACCACGACAAGCAGUACGAACCCUUCUACUCCUCGUUUGUUGCUCUGGCCACGCACUACAUCACCACCGUCUGCAGCCAGAUUCCCAGGAAUCAGCUGCAAUCGGUCGCGGCCGCCUGCAAAGUCCUGCUGGAGUUUUGUCUCCUGCGGCUGGAAAGUCCGGACGAGGCGUGCGCCGUGUCUCAGAAGCACCUAAUCCUCCUGAUUAAAGGGCUGUGCACCGGCAGCAGCCGACUGGACCGGACUGAGAUAAUUACUUUUACAGCAAUGAUGAAGUCGUCUAAACUGCCACAGACAGUACAGACCCUCUCUGACGUGGAGGAUCAGAAAGAGAUUGCGAGCUUGCUAAGUCCUGAGUUGCGCCAGAAAGAGGUGCAGAUGAAUUUCCUUAAUCAGCUGAUGUCUGUUUUUAACCCCAAGAGUGGCACUUUGCCCCCCACUGCAUCGCAUACACAGACGGAGAGCGAAGCAGACGAUGCUACGUCGGAUCAGGCGUCCGCUGCCAAGACCAAGAACGUAUUUGUAGCCCAGAACGUUUCCACCCUCCAAGAAUUGGGUGGAUCGGAAAAGCUCCUCAGAGUCUGUUUAAACCUCCCCUACUUCCUACGAUACAUAAACCGGUUUCAAGACGCUGUUUCAGCCAAUUCUUUCUUCAUAAUGCCGGCUACGGUGGGGGAUGCGACAGCCGUGCGCAAUGGGUUCCAUUCUCUUGUGAUUGAUGUGACUAUGGCUCUGGACACCCUGUCCCUGCCUGUGAUGGAACCGCUGACGCCUCCUCGUCUGAAGGAUGUGACGCUCCUGGCCCUUAGCUGUUUGUACGCAGGUGUGAGCGUGGCCACGUGCAUGGCUAUCCUCCAUGUGGGCAGCCCCCAACAGGUCCGGACAGGGUCCACAAGUUGCAAAGAGGAGGAUUACGAGAAUGAUGCAGCCACCAUUGUACAGAAAUGUCUGGAGAUCUAUGAAAUGAUCGGGCAGGCGAUUAACAGCUCCAGGCGAGCCGGAGGAGAGCACUACCAGAACUUCCAGCUCCUGGGAGCCUGGUGCUUGGUGAACAGUCUCUACCUGAUUCUGAACCUCAGCCCCACUGCGCUGGCGGAUAAGGGGAAGGAGAAAGACCCCCUGGCCGCUCUGCGAGUCCGUGACAUCACCCGGGCCAAGGAUGCCGUUGGCUCCCCUAAGCUGGGUCCGAUUAAAGGACACCAGGGUUUUGGGGUUCUGUCCGUGGUGCUGGCAAACCAUGCUAUUAAGCUACUGACAUCCUUAUUCCAAGACCUGCAGGUUGAAACUCUCCACAAGCAGGCCUGGGACUCAGACGGACCCCUCGCAGAGCUGAAUAUCACGGCUCAGAGCACAUCUAUUCAGAGAAUCCAGCGACUCACAGACUCCAUCCCGUUGACUAAUCUGCUGUUCAUCGUUUUAUCGACAUCAUACCGCAAGGCUUGCAUCUUGCAGCGUCAGAGAAAGGGAUCCAUGAGCAGUGAUGCCAGCGCCUCCACGGACUCAAACACUUACUAUGAAGAUGAUUUUAGCAGUACAGAGGAAGACAGCAGUCAAGAUGAUGAUAGCGAACCAAUCCUCGGGCAGUGGUUUGAAGAAACCAUUUCUCCCAGUAAAGAGAAGUCUGUUCCUCCACCGCCACCACCCCCACCGCCUCUGGAGAGCUCCCCGAGGCCAAAGAGCCCCAGCAAGCAGAACAACGGGGAAAAUGGCAACAUCUUGGCCAGUCGCAAGGACCCUGAACUGUUCCUUAGUCUGGCUUCCAGUACGCUGAAUUUUAUCACCGGCUGCAUGCUGAACUCUCGCAGUAACUUUAUCCGGAACUACUUGAGCGUGUCUUUAACCGAGCAGCACAUGGCCACGCUGGCCAGCAUCAUAAAGGACGUGGAUAAGGAUGGCCUGAAAGGUUCCUCGGAUGAAGACUUCGCGGUCGCUCUCUAUCAGUUUAACCACUGCCUGGUGACGUCUGACCUCCAGUCUCCUAUGAUGCAGAGCGCUCUUCUUCAGCACUUGGGAGUGGCUCCAAUGAGCGAGGGUCCGUGGCCCCUGUACAUCCACCCUCAGUCUCUGUCUGUCCUCUCGCGCCUGUUACUGCUCUGGCAGCACAAGGCAAGCUCCCAGGGAGAGCCGGACGUGCCUGAAUGUCUGCGAGUCUGGGAGAGGUUUGUGGCGACGCUAAAACAGAAUGCAUUGCAGGGAAUGCUCCCCGGUGACACAGAAGAUGUGAAUGUGGAUCACCUUCAGCUCCUUCUGCUGAUUUUCCACAAUCUGUCGGAACGAGGGCGUCACUCGGUCCUGUUACUGUGCGUUCAGACACUGCAGGAGCUGGCCGCCAACCUAGAGAGUCAGCUGUCCGCCGUGCCGCUGCUACUGGCAAGACUGCUGCUAGUGUUCGACUAUCUACUGCAUCAGUACUCCAAGCCUCCUCUCUAUCUCUUCGAGCAGGUGCAAUAUAAUCUUCUCACUCCUCCGCUGGGCUCUGGAGCAUCAAUGGAUGGGACCGGUCGUACCUCCGCUUCAUACUACGGGUUUAAAGAGGUGGAAGAAAACUGGACAAAGCACUGCUCGAGUGAUGCUCCUCCACCUCCUCGAUUUUACAGCGUUCUCUCUCAGGAGGCCUCUGAAGAUGAUCUUCACCGGCUGGACAGCGCAGUGUGCGAAGACCUGUUCUCCCGAUCCUUGAAAUACGAUGACUUGUAUUUUGCACUCAUUUCCUUACUGGCUGCGGGAUCUCAGUUCGACACUCUCCGGAGAAGCGAAAGCAAGAAUGUAACCCCUUUGGAGGCCUGUGCCCUGCAGUAUCACUUCCUUAUACUGUGGAGGAUUCUGGGAAUAUUGCCUCCUUCCAAAAGCUACAUGAAGCAGCUGUCUGCAAACGGGUCAUCCUCCAGCGAAUGCGAAAUCCUGCACACCCUGCGCUGGGCUUCUCGCCUGCGGGUCCCGUCGUACCAGCAGUGGAUCACGGAUCACCUAGUGAAACAAGGAAUGAAACCGGAGCAAGCUGCGUCUCUAACGGAGCAAACGUCGACCAAAUGCAAUUCUUUGAAGUAUGACGUGGAAGUGGCAGAGGAGUACAUCGCCAAACAGAUCUCCACUUACUGCAGCACCAGCGGGUACACGUUUGAGCAGCUCCGCCAGGGGCCCAGCUUGCAGUGCAUUUAUGCGCUCGAUGCAAUGAUUUGCAAGGUGCAGGUGUCUCUGGAUGAGCACUUUUCCAAGUUGUCGACAGAGACUGACCCACACGCGUCCUCCCAAGUGGCCAAGAACCUUCUACCCGCUGCUCUGCAGCUUCUGGACCUGUACGCCACCUUGACACGCUGCUACCUACUUCAGAGCCUGCCACAGGAGAAUGGGCACGAUGAGAAGAAGCUGCAAGGCUAUGCGGCCGUGUUGGCGAUCGGCUCUGCCCGCUGCAAGGCAAACACACUGGGCCCGGUCUUGGUACAGAACCUCCCUACGGCUUUGCAGACCUUGUGCGAGUCUUGGAACAACAUUCACACCAAUGAGUUCCCCAGCAUCGGAUCGUGGCGCAAUGCUUUUGCCAAUGACACAAUCCCCUCGGAAAGCUAUAUUGGAGCGGUUCAAGCGGCUCACCUGGGAACCCUGUGCAGCGCCAGCCUGUCUCUUGCAGCUUCCCUCAAACACGUUCUCCUCUCCCUCGUCCGACUCACUGGAGAUCUCAUAGUAUGGUACCCCGAGGAGCAGAACUCCCGUCAGCUGAUACAGUCCCUGCUGCCCCUGCUCCUGGAGAGCUGCACGGAGAGCGUGGCUGAGCUGUGCAGCACUUCACUGGAGAGGGUCCUUGGCCCUGCUGAGUCGGACGAGUUCCUUUCACGGGUCUACGAGAAACUGAUCACAGGAUGCUACAAUAUCCUGGCCAAUCACUCUGACCCGUCCAGUGGGUUAGACGAGUCUAUUUUGGAAGAGUGUCUGCAGUAUCUGGAGAAGCAGCUAGAAAGCAGCCAGACCCGCAAGGUGAUGGAGGAGUUCUUCACGGAGAGAGGUGAACUGGUGCAGAUAAUGAUGGCGACCGCCAAUGAGGCACUCUCAGCCAAGUUCUGUAACAGAGUUCUCAAGUUCUUCACCAAACUUUUCCAACUCACUGAAAAAAGCCCGAACCCCAGUCUGCUGCAUCUUUGUGGUACGCUAGCUCAGCUAGCCUGCGUUGAACCUGCGCAGUUACAGUCGUGGCUCGUACGAAUGACGACUUCUCCUCCCAAGGACUCUGAUCAGUCAGAGAUUGUCCAGGAGAACCGGCAGCUCCUGCAGCUGCUCACGGCUUAUAUCGUGCGAGAGAACAGCCAAGUAGGAGAAGGUGUGUGCACAGUGCUUCUCAGCACCCUCAUUCCUAUGGCCACUGACCUUCUUUCCAACGGCGACGGGACAGGUUUCCCUGAACUUAUGGUGGUGAUGGCUACUUUGGCGAGUGCUGGACAAGGUGCUGGACACCUUCAGCUUCAUAGAGCGGCUUUGGACUGGUUAUCCAGAUGUAAGAAGUAUCUCUCCCAGAAGAAUGUUGUAGAGAAAAUGAACAAUAAUGUAAUGCAAGGCAAGCAUGUGACAAUCCUGGAGUGCACCUGCCACAUAGUGACAUACCUGGCGGAUGUAACUAAUGCCUUGAGCCACAAUUCGGGUCAGGGGCACAGCCAUCCUUCUGUGGACGGGGAGGAGAGGGGCAUAGAGAUGGAUUCGGACUGGGUGGAGGAGCUGGCGGUGGAAGAGGACGAUUCUCAGGCUGAAGAUUCGGAUGAAGAUUCACUUUGUAAUAAGCUGUGUACGUUCACCAUCACACAGAAGGAGUUCAUGAAUCAGCACUGGUACCACUGCCACACCUGCAAGAUGGUGGACGGAGUUGGAGUGUGCACCGUGUGCGCCAAGGUUUGCCACAAAGACCACGAGAUCUCCUACGCGAAGUACGGCUCUUUCUUCUGUGACUGUGGAGCCAAAGAAGACGGCAGCUGUAUGGCUCUGGUUAAGAGAACGCCCAGCAGCGGCAUGAGCUCCACCAUGAAGGAGUCUGCCUUCCAGAGCGAGCCUCGUCUUCCGGAGAGUGCCAUCCGGCACCCGGGCUCCGCUCUCACCGAAAAGGGCAAGGUCACCAUCAGCGACGGCAAAGGGGAUGACGAGAAGCCAAAGAGGAGCAGUUUGUGUCGAAACAUCGAGGGCUGCAGAGAAGAGCUCGUUUGUCAGGCCAACGUCUCUUUUGCACCUCUGGUUUUGGACAUGCUCAAUUUCUUGAUGGGCGCCAUCAGGAAUAACUUCCAGCAGGCGUCCGCCGUGGGAAGCAGCAGCAGAGCUCAGCAGGCUCUCGAUCAGCUCCACUCUCUGGAGAAGAGUGUGGAAAUGACAGACCAGCUGAUGGUUCCCACACUGGGUUCUCAGGAAGGAGCUUUCGAGAACGUGAGAAUGAAUUACAGCGGUGACCAGGGUCAGACCAUCCGCCAGCUGAUCAGCGCGCACGUGUUACGCCGGGUCGCUAUGUGCGUGUUGUCUUCUCCUCAUGGACGUAGGCAACAUCUCGCUGUCAGUCAUGAGAAGGGGAAGAUUACCGUAUUGCAGCUUUCUGCACUCUUAAAACAAGCCGAUUCCAGCAAGCGGAAACUGACCCUGACGCGUCUGGCUUCUGCCCCUGUACCGUUCACGGUUCUCAGUUUGACAGGUAACCCCUGCAAGGAGGACUAUCUGGCAGUGUGUGGGUUAAAGGAUUGUCACGUCCUCACGUUCAGCAGCUCAGGGUCAGUGUCUGAUCAUCUGGUGCUUCACCCUCAGUUGGCUACUGGAAACUUUAUCAUUAAAGCAGUGUGGCUACCAGGCUCCCAAACCGAACUGGCCAUCGUUACAGCGGACUUUGUGAAGGUUUACGACUUGUCUGCGGACGCUCUGAGUCCCACAUUUUACUUCCUGCUUCCGAGCUCUAAAAUCCGCGACGUCACUUUCCUUUUUAACGAGGAGGGGAAGAAUAUCAUUGUGAUCAUGUCUUCCGCGGGCUACAUUUACACCCAGCUCAUGGAGGAGGCCAGCAGCGCCAAACAUGGCCCUUUUUAUGUCACCAACGUCUUGGAGGUCACCCACGAAGACCUGAAGGAUAGUAACGGGCAGGUUGCCGGUGGCGGGGUGUCUGUGUAUUACUCCCACGUGUUACAGAUGCUCUUCUUCAGCUACUGCCAAGGAAAGUCCUUUGCUGCCACCAUGAACCGGUCUUCUCUGGAGAUACUGCGCCUUUUCCCUAUCAAUCUAAAAGGUACAAAUGGAGGCAGUAAGUCCUCCCCAGCACUUUGUCAGUGGUCAGAAGUCAUGAACCACCCAGGUUUGGUGUGUUGUGUCCAGCAGACCACAGGGAUACCUCUCGUGGUCAUGAUAAAGCCAGACAGCUUCCUUAUCCAGGAGAUCAAAACCUUGCCGGCCAAAGCCAAAAUCCAAGAUAUGGUAGCCAUUCGGCACACGGCUAGCAACGACCAGCAGAGAACCACCAUGAUUCUUCUGUGCGAGGAUGGGAGUUUGCGCAUCUAUAUGGCCAGCGUGGAGAAUACAUCGUACUGGCUGCAGCCUUCCCUGCAACCCAGCAGUAGCAUCAGCAUCAUGAAGCCAGUGCGCAAACGCAAGCCGGCCACCGUCCUGACUCGAGCGUCCAGCCAAGUGACCUUCCCCAUCGACUUUUUCGAGCAUAAUCAGCAGCUGACGGACGUGGAGUACGGAGGGAACGACCUCCUGCAGUUGUAUAACGCCCAGCAGAUAAAACACCGGCUCAAUUCCACGGGAAUGUACGUCGCCAACACAAAGCCUGGAGGAUUCACGGUCGAAGUUUUGAACAACAACAGCACGAUGGUGAUGACCGGGAUGCGGCUUCAGAUUGGCACGCAAGCCAUCGAGCGGGCGCCAUCUUACAUCGAAAUGUUUGGCCGCACCAUGCAGCUGAAUCUCAGCAGAGCCCGGUGGUUUGACUUCCCUUUCACUCGGGAAGAAGCUCUACAAGCGGACAAAAAGCUCACAUUAUUCUUUGGUGCUUCUGUAGACCCAGCCGGUGUUACCAUGAUAGAUGCCAUCAAGAUAUACGGGAAGACUAAAGAACAGUUUGGCUGGCCGGACGAACCGCCCGAGGACUUCCCAUCGGCCUCUGUGAGCAGUGUGUGCCCUCCAAACCUGAACCAAGGGAAUGGUUCCCCUGAUGGGGAGACUGCCACCCCACCCUCCACUAACGGCACAGUCAUAGAGAGUUCUGACCCAGAGCCUUUAACGAUCAUGGACCGACUUGUGGGAAGUUCGCUGGAAGCUCUGGAAAGCUGCUUUGGCUUUGGACUGGUGUCUGACAAGGAGAAGACCAAGGCGUCUGCUCUGGAACUGGCCACCGUCCUGCUUUCUAUGCCAACUCCUUGUAGCGUCCAGCUACAAACCAAGAGCCUGCUAGCCAGUCUGCACAGCAGCCGAUCGGCCUACCACAACCACAAGGAUCAGGCGUUGUUGAGUAAUGCCGUACAGUGCCUGAGCGCCUGCGCCAAGGAGGGGAAAGACCUGGAUCCAGAGGUGUUCCAGAGGCUGGUAGUCACUGCUCGCUCCAUCGCUAUAAUGCGACCCAACAACCUGGUCCAUUACACGGAGUCCAAGCUGCCUGCAGGAGAUACAGAGAGCGGCGGGGAUCAGAAGGAAGCCGUGCAAUCCGCAGACGGGGAAGAGACCUUCACGUUCAUCACGCAGCUGGUCAACCAGUUCUGGAAACUUCAUGCAUCGAAGCCCAAAAAUGCUUUCCUGGCCCCUGCCUGUCUGCCAGGACUCACACACGUGGAAGCCACAGUGAACGCCCUUGUGGACAUUAUCCACGGGUACUGCACGUGUGAGUUGGACUGCAUCAACCUCGCCUCCAAGUUCUACAUGCAGAUGCUGCUGUGUCCGGACCCUUUCGUGAGUUUCUCCUGCAAGCAAGCGCUGAUUCGCGUACUGCGGCCUCGGAAUAAACGCCGUCAUGUGACUCUCCCUUCGUCUCCCCGCAGCAACACCCCUAUAGGUUGGAGAUCUUGGUAUCCUUCAGGUGUGGCUGUAAUUAGGAUGCCUUCGUCAUACAAGGACCUCUAUAACCGUGACAAAGACGAUGACGACGACGAUGAGGCUGAAGAUAAGAUGCAAAGCGUCGGUAUCUCUAACGGAGACCACGUGCGGCAGCAGAGCCAGGAACAGAACGAAGUGGAUCACGGAGACUUUGAGAUGGUGGCUAAUGAAAGAUUGCAGAGCAGAGUAACUGCUGGUUUCCCUGUCGUCUAUCAGUCAGAGUCUAUGGUGCUGGAGAGCUCGGACAGCGUGAAUAACGGAAACCCGUCGCCUUUGGAGGCUCUUCUCGCUGGGGCCGAGGGCUUUCCUCCCAUGCUGGACAUCCCUCCGGAUGCAGAUGAUGAGACCAUGGUGGAGUUGGCCAUCGCUCUCAGUCUCCAGCAAGAUCAGCAAGGGAGCAGCAGCAGCGCCCUGGCGUUACAGAGCCUCGGCCUGUCGGGGCAAGCGCCGAGCUCCUCGUCCCUCGAUGCUGGGACUCUGUCUGACACUACUGCAUCAGCUCCAGCAUCGGAUGACGAAGGUAGCACCGCAGCGACCGAUGGCUCAACCCUGCGAACCUCGCCAGCGGAUCACGGGGGAAGCGUGGGCUCGGAGAGCGGCGGCAGUGCCGUGGACUCGGUAGCCGGUGAGCAUAGUGUUUCAGGACGGAGCAGCGCUUAUGGCGAUACCACGGUCGAGGGGCAUCCUCCUGGUCCGAGCAGCAUCGGUUCUAGCACCGGGGCGAUCAGCACGGCCACCGGACACCAUGAGGGCGAGGGAUCUGAGGGAGAAGGGGAGACAGAAGGGGAUGCACACACCAGCAAUAGGCUUCACAUGCUGCGUCUCGUGCUGCUGGAGCGCCUGCUUCAAUCUCUGCAUAAUCUCCGAGGCGUGGGGGGCGUUCGUGCCAUUCCAUACAUGCAGGUGGUGCUGAUGCUGACCGCCGAUCUGGAUGGUGAAGAUGAGAAGGAUAAAGGCGCUCUGGACAGCCUCUUGUCCCAACUGAUCACAGAACUAGGUCUUGAUAAAAAGGAUGUAUCAAAGAAGAAUGAGAGGACGCCUCUGAAUGAGGUCCACCUAGUAAUCAUGAGGCUUCUCAGUGUAUUCAUGUCCCGGACAAAGUCUGGCUCCAAAUCGUCCAUUUGUGAGUCAUCUUCACUGAUUUCCAGCGCGACUGCCACGGCCCUGCUGAGCUCAGGGGCGGUGGAUUACUGCCUUCAUGUACUGAAGUCUCUCCUUGAAUACUGGAAGAGCCAGCAGAGUGACGAGGAGCCGGUGGCUGCCAGUCAGCUCCUAAAACCGCAUACCACCUCUUCCCCUCCUGAUAUGAGCCCGUUCUUCUUGAGGCAGUACGUCAAGGGCCAUGCUGCCGAUGUCUUCCAGGCAUAUACACAGCUACUGACGGAGAUGGUUCUGCGUCUGCCUUACCAGAUAAAGAAAAUCGCAGACAGCAACUCGCGAAUUCCACCGCCCGUAUUUGACCAUUCCUGGUUUUACUUCCUGUCCGAGUACUUGAUGAUCCAGCAGACGCCAUUUGUUCGCCGCCAAGUCCGGAAGCUCCUGCUGUUCAUCUGCGGCUCCAAAGAGAAAUAUCGGCAGCUCCGUGACUUGCACACCCUUGACUCGCACGUCAGGGGAAUUAAGAAACUGCUGGAGGAACAUGGCAUCUUCUUGCGUGCCAGUGUGGUCACCGCCAGCUCCGGGUCCGCUCUGCAGUACGACACGCUGAUUAACCUGAUGGAGCACCUCAAAGCCUGCGCAGAAAUCGCCUCUCAACGGACCGUAAACUGGCAGAAAUUCUGUGUUAAAGACGACUCUGUCCUGUACUUCCUUUUACAAGUCAGCUUCUUGGUUGACGAAGGCGUCUCCCCGGUUCUUCUUCAGCUCCUCUCCUGCGCUCUUUGCGGCAGUAAGGUCCUUUCGGCAUCUUCGGGCUCGGGGCAGUCCGUCUCCGGCUCUGGGCAGUCGGGUUCGCAGUCCAAGUCUUCUACCAAAAAAAGCAAAAAAGAGGAAAAGGACAAGGAUAAAGACGGCGAAAGCGCGAACAGCCAGGAGGAGCAGCUCUGCACGGCGCUGGUGAACCAGCUGAAUAAGUUUGCAGACAAGGAGACUUUGAUUCAGUUCCUGCGAUGCUUCCUUCUGGAGUCCAACUCCUCGUCUGUCCGCUGGCAGGCUCACUGCUUAGCCCUGCACAUCUACAGGAAUUCUAACAAGUCCCAGCAGGAGUUGCUCCUAGACCUCAUGUGGUCCAUUUGGCCCGAGCUUCCCGCGUACGGACGCAAAGCCGCACAGUUUGUCGACCUCCUGGGAUACUUUUCGCUCAAAACUCCACAGACCGAGAAAAAGUUUAAAGAAUAUUCCCAAAAGGCUGUUGAAAUCCUGCGGACCCAAAACCACAUACUGACCAACCACCCCAACUCCAACAUCUACAACACGCUGUCUGGCUUGGUGGAGUUUGAUGGAUAUUAUCUGGAAAGUGACCCCUGCCUGGUCUGCAAUAACCCCGAAGUCCCGCUGUGUAACAUCAAGCUGUCCUCUAUUAAGGUGGACACGCGCUACACAACCACGCAGCAGGUAGUGAAACUGAUCGGCAGCCACACGAUCAGCAAAGUCACCGUGAAGAUCGGGGACCUGAAACGCACAAAGAUGGUCCGCACUAUUAAUUUGUACUACAACAACCGCACCGUGCAGGCUAUUGUCGAGCUUAAAAACAAGCCAGCUCGGUGGCACAAAGCCAAGAAAGUCCAGCUAACUCCUGGACAAACGGAGGUGAAGAUCGAUCUUCCUUUGCCCAUAGUCGCCUCAAACUUAAUGAUUGAGUUUGCCGACUUCUACGAGAACUACCAGGCUUCCUCGGAAACGUUGCAGUGCCCGCGGUGCAGCGCGUCGGUGCCCGCUAACCCUGGAGUGUGCGGCAACUGCGGCGAGAAUGUGUACCAGUGCCAUAAGUGCAGAUCCAUUAACUACGAUGAGAAAGAUCCCUUCCUCUGUAACGCUUGUGGGUUCUGCAAGUACGCCCGCUUUGAUUUCAUGCUGUACGCCCGGCCCUGCUGCGCCGUCGAUCCCAUUGAAAAUGAAGAGGACCGUAAGAAAGCUGUUACCAAUAUCAACACGCUGCUGGACAAAGCUGACCGUGUCUACCACCAGCUAAUGGGUCACCGGCCCCAGCUGGAGAGCCUGCUGUGUAAAGUGAACGAGGCCGCCCCAGAGAAGCCCCAGGAUGACUCUGCCAACCCCGGCGGAAUAAGCUCGUCGUCGGCCAGCGUGAACAGAUAUAUCCUGCAGCUGGCUCAGGAGUACUGCGGAGACUGCAAAAACUCCUUCGAUGAGCUCUCCAAAAUCAUCCAGAAAGUCUUUGCCUCCCGGAAGGAGCUCCUGGAAUACGAUCUGCAGCAGAGAGAAGCCGCCACCAGAUCUUCCCGUAGCAGCACCCAGCCGACGUUCACCGCCAGCCAGUACCGAGCGCUGUCCGUGCUGGGAUGCGGCCAUACCUCCUCCACCAAGUGCUACGGCUGCGCCUCCGCCGUCACCGAGCACUGCAUCACGCUCCUGCGCGCUCUGGCCACCAACGGCACCAUCCGACACAUUUUAGUGUCCCAGGGGCUCAUCCGAGAACUGUUUGAUUAUAACCUGCGCCGCGGGCCGGCAGCCAUGCGCGACGAGGUGCGACAGGUCAUGUGCCUCUUGACCAGGGACAAUCCCGAGGCCACGCAGCAGAUGAACGAUCUGAUCAUCGGGAAAGUGUCAACGGCGCUAAAAGGACACUGGGCCAACCCGGACUUGGCCAGCGGACUCCAGUACGAGAUGCUGCUUCUCACGGAUUCCAUAUCAAAAGAAGAUGUCUGCUGGGAGCUUCGGCUGCGCUGCGCUCUCAGCCUUUUCCUGAUGGCCGUAAACAUUAAAACCCCGGUAGUCGUGGAGAACAUCACUCUAAUGUGCCUGCGAAUCCUGCAGAAACUAAUCAAGCCCCCGUCGCCUACAAGCAAGAAGAACAAGGAUGUCCCCGUGGAAUCGCUCACCACAGUAAAGCCAUACAGCAAUGAGAUACAUGCGCAGGCACAGCUCUGGCUCAAGAGAGAUCACAAGGCGUCGUACGAGGCUUGGAAGAAGUGCCUUCCUGCCCGGGUGGCCGGUGCAGACGGCAGCGGAAAGACCCCCAGUAAAGGCGAAAUGAGGCAGAUGUACCUACAGGAGAAGUAUGUUUGGAAAUGGAAGCAGUUCAUGAGCAAAAAAGGCAAGAGAACAAGUCCUCUGGACCUCAAACUUGGACACAACAACUGGCUGAGACAGGUGUUGUUCACUCCAGCUACCCAAGCUGCGCGCCAGGCCGCUUGCACCAUCGUUGAGGCUUUGGCCACCAUCCCGAGCCGUAGACAGCAGGUCCUGGAUCUACUCACCAGCUAUUUGGAUGAGCUGAGUGUCGCCGGAGAGUGCGCCGCCGAAUAUCUGGCUUUGUAUCAGAAACUCAUCAAGCCGGCCCACUGGAAGGUCUACCUCGCCGCUAGAGGGGUCUUACCGUACGUCGGGAACCUGAUCACCAAGGAGAUCGCCCGGUUACUCGCUCUGGAGGAGGCGACCCUCAGUACCGAUCUCCAGCAGGGCUAUGCCUUGAAAAGCCUAACCGGUCUUCUGUCUUCGUUUGUGGAAGUGGAGUCCAUCAAACGUCACUUCAAGAGCCGGCUGGUGGGAACUGUGCUGAACGGCUACCUCUGUCUCAGAAAGCUGGUCGUUCAGAGAACCAAACUGAUCGAUGAAACGCAGGACAUGCUUCUGGAGAUGCUGGAGGACAUGACCACAGGCACAGAAUCGGAAACCAAAGCCUUCAUGGCGGUCUGUAUCGAGACGGCCAAACGCUACAACCUCGACGACUACAGGACACCGGUGUUUAUUUUCGAAAGGCUCUGCAGCAUCAUUUACCCUGAGGAGAAUGAAGUGACCGAGUUCUUUGUGACGCUGGAAAAGGAUCCGCAGCAGGAAGACUUUCUCCAAGGACGGAUGCCCGGGAACCCGUACAGCAGCAACGAGCCCGGCAUCGGCCCCCUGAUGAGGGAUAUAAAGAAUAAGAUUUGCCAAGACUGUGACCUGGUGGCCCUGUUAGAAGAUGACAGCGGGAUGGAGCUCCUGGUGAACAAUAAGAUCAUUAGCUUGGACCUGCCGGUGGCUGAAGUUUACAAGAAGGUUUGGUGUCCCACCAACGAGGGCGAGCCCAUGAGAAUCAUUUAUCGCAUGCGGGGUCUGCUGGGGGACGCGACAGAAGAAUUCAUCGAAUCUUUGGACUCGACGACAGAUGAAGAGGAGGAUGAGGAGGAGGUGUACAAGAUGGCCGGGGUUAUGGCUCAGUGCGGUGGUCUGGAGUGUAUGUUGAAUCGUCUGACGGGUAUCAAGGACUUUAAGCAGGGUCGCCACCUUCUGACAGUCCUCCUCAAACUGUUCAGUUACUGCGUGAAGGUGAAGGUGAACCGCCAGCAGCUGGUAAAGCCUGAAAUGAACACUCUGAAUGUCAUGCUGGGAACCCUGAAUCUGGCUUUGGUGGCCGAGCAGGAGAGUAAGGACAGCGGAGGAGCCGCAGUGGCUGAGCAGGUCCUGAGUAUCAUGGAGAUCAUCCUGGAUGAAUCUAACGCCGAGCCGCUGAGCGAGGACAAGGGCAAUCUGUUACUGACCGGGGACAAGGAUCAGCUGGUGAUGCUGCUGGAUCAGAUUAACAGCACCUUCGUGAGAUCCAACCCCAGCGUUCUGCAGGGCCUGCUGCGCAUCAUCCCGUACCUGUCGUUCGGCGAGACGGAGAAGAUGCAGAUCCUCGUGGAGCGCUUUAAGCCGUACUGCACGUUCGAUAAGUAUGACGACGAGCACAGCGCCGACGACAAAGUCUUCUUGGACUGUUUCUGUAAAAUCGCCGCCGGCAUUAAGAAUAACAGCAACGGGCACCAGCUGAAAGACCUCAUCCUGCAGAAGGGGAUCACGCAGAACGCGCUGGACUACAUGAAGAAGCACAUCCCCAGCGCCAAGAACCUGGAUGCCGACAUCUGGAAGAAGUUUUUAUCCCGACCCGCCUUACCCUUCAUUCUGAGACUUCUGCGGGGGUUGGCAAUACAGCACCCUCCUACGCAGGCUUUGAUCGGUACGGACUCCAUCACAAACCUGCACAAGCUGGAGCAGGUAUCCAGCGACGAGGGAAUCGGGACGCUGGCGGAGAACCUUCUGGAGGCUUUGAGAGAACAUCCGGAAGUCAACAAGAAAAUCGAUGCAGCGAGAAAGGAGACGCGGGCCGAGAAGAAGCGCAUGGCCAUGGCGAUGAGGCAGAAGGCCUUGGGCACUUUAGGCAUGACUACCAACGAGAAGGGGCAGGUGGUGACCAAGACGGCUCUCCUGAAGCAGAUGGAGGAGCUGAUCGAGGAGCCCGGCCUCACCUGCUGCAUUUGCAGAGAAGGAUACAAGUUCCAGCCCACCAAAGUGCUCGGCAUUUACACCUUUACCAAGCGAGUGCCCCUCGAGGAGUCCGAGAAUAAACCCCGCAAGCAGCAGGGCUACAGCACGGUGUCUCACUUCAACAUCGUGCAUUACGACUGUCACCUAGCGGCCGUCAGGUUGGCCCGAGGACGUGAAGAGUGGGAGAGCGCCGCCCUGCAGAACGCCAACACAAAGUGCAACGGUCUGCUUCCCGUGUGGGGGCCGCACGUGCCCGAAUCCGCGUUCGCGACCUGCUUAGCCCGGCAUAACACGUACCUGCAGGAAUGCACCGGCCAGAGAGAACCCACCUACCAGCUCAACAUCCACGACCUGAAGCUGCUCUUCCUGCGCUUCGCUAUGGAGCAGUCAUUCAGCGCCGACACGGGCGGUGGGGGCCGGGAGAGCAACGUGCACCUUAUUCCGUACAUUAUUCACACCGUGCUUUACGUCCUCAACACGACUCGGGCGAUAUCGCGGGAGGAGAAAAACGUUCAGAGUUUUCUAGAGCAGCCCAAAGAAAAGUGGGUGGAAGGCGCCUUCGAGGUGGACGGACCCCAUUAUUACACGGCUCUGGCGCUUCAUCUCCUGCCCACGGAAAGAUGGAAAAGCAUCCGGGUCGAGGUGCUCAGAAGGCUCCUUGUCGUUAGCCACGCGAGAGCCGUGUCACCCGGCGGGGCAAACAGGCUGGCAGAUAAAGCCGCAAAGGAUUACUCCGUUUACCGCUCCAGCCUGCUCUUCUGGGCCCUGGUGGACCUCAUUUACAACAUGUUUAAGAAAGUACCGGCGAGUAACACGGAGGGCGGCUGGUCGUACACGCUGGCGGACUACGUGCGGCUGAACGACAUGCCCAUCUACGAGGCGGCAGACAAGGCCCUGAAGACCUUCCAGGACGAGUUCAUGCCGGUCGAGUCCUUCUCCGAGUUCGUGGACGUGGCAGGGCUUUUGUCCGAAAUCAGCGACCCUGACGGCUUCCUCAAGGAUCUUCUGAACUCGAUCCCCUGAGCGGCAGCCAAACGGAUCCUGCUUUUAGUCUGUGGACUCUCUCUACUUUUUCCUCCCCUGGGUGUUGCAGUAAAUGUCCCCCCUCCUUUUUUUUUUUCCGUGUGUGUGAAGUGGAAGUGUUUAACCCCAUUGCUGCCAUGGAGGUCUCGAAUGUAGCAAUCUGCUCCAGCAGCUAGUGGUUAAAUUGAUUAACUCUUUUAUCGCCUGUUCAUCUGCUGAGUGUCUGCAGUUUCGUGUGUUUUUAGUUUGCUCAGCGAAGCCCAAAGCGAGCGGAAUCCGUGACUUUCACUUCAGUGACUGCAUGACUUCUUCAGCCCGCCAAAGACAUGCAUGCCCACAUGCUGUAAACACGCAGUCUGCAUGUUUUUGGGGUGACUCGCGGGGGGGCAGAUCCGGGGGUGCACUCUGCUUCUCGGCCCCUCCGCUCCAGAUGCGCCCAAUCAUUUCCUAGAUGUGAGUUGAUGACAAUCUCGGUAUCCCCCCCCCCCAGCCGUUUGGGGAAGAAGCCCCCCUGCGUCCACGCCGAGCGGCUCUUCGGAACCCCCUUGUGUUUAGUACACGUGGCGAUCGGUGUCCCGGUGAAAAGCUUUGCGUGCGUUUUGUGCGGCCGGUCAGCUCCCCGACCGCGGGGGGAUUAUCUGCUAAACCUGUACGGCCCCCGCUGUCUGCUUCUGAAAAACCUAAUAAAACUCUUUUCUCAAACGGA